CGCGCAACCUUCUAUCGCGUGGUGCUGAUCAUCCAUAUUGCUGCUAGUGGUGAAGUUUAGCUUGUAAUUUAAAAGAGGCUCUCGGGCGCUUUUUAAAUGUUUUAAUUCAACACAAACCACUCUGCGUCUUAGACUGAAUGCUAUUUAGUCUAGGGGUGGAGUGGAGAAACUAGUUCAUUCGAGGAAUACUUUACAUUUUCUUUUUUGAGUAGUAGGCGAAUUGGUGGUAUCGUGAGGAAAAGGAGAAAUGGCUACUCAGGUAGAGGCUCUCCUACCCAACAAUCCUCUUAUUAAACCAGAGGAGAAUGGGCAUGCGAGCAAGAUGAUACAGCAUGGAGAGGACUGUCCUGAAAAGGGUGUGAAGCAGACAUGUGUUGCCGACGAGGGUAGCAAUAUGAAAACAAACAACUCGGAACAGUGUGGGAUUGCAACGAAGGAGCUACGCUCUAAACAGGCAAAAGAAGAGAGUAACAAUCAAGAGAAAGAAAUCCUGGAUCAAGAGAAGCACACGAUUGAUCAAACGAAAGACUGUGUGAAAUGCAGUAAAAAUGAGUUUGCUGAAGCACCCCCGCCCAAGGUGAACCCAUGGACUAAGAAAAAGAAUGCGGUGACCGUGGUCAGCCAGAAUGGACAAUCACAUCAUGAGCCGCCACCCACAACAGGCCCAGCCAAGGUGGUGAAGGCCCCAAACCCCCGGCCUCGGAGAGGAGAAAGGGUUGGAGAUUUUGGUGAUGCUAUGAAGUGGCCAACCCCAGGGGAGAUUGCAACUAAAGAAACACAGAUGGAGGUUGUGAAUCGGACUGUGUCCUGCCCCAUGCCCGUCAGGCAGGUCAGAGAAGUGGGCUCCACACGGAGAUCCCCAGCCCCCAAGAAGCCUGUGGUGAAGAAAGAGUUGAAGGAGAAGCGCGACACCAACGACGAGAGCAAGGAGAACCAGAAUGCGAAGUCGGACGACUCUGGAGAGGAGAAGAACGGCGACGAGGACUCUCAGAAGAACAGUGACGAGGACUCUCAGAAGAACGGACAGAAGAAGAAAGGAAACAAGCAUAAGUGGGUGCCGCUGAUGAUCGAGGUGAAGUCCGAGGGGCCCAGAGAGCGCUCAGCCUCAAGGAACAACACCCGUCAGAACGAGGUGCCCAGGAUGCCCCCCAACAGGAAGAACGACCUCAGAGACUGGUACAGAGGGAAGUCCGAGCGUGAAUGGAGUAACGACCAUGAGGUGUCCAGUGUGAGGAGCGAGGGUGCUCCCUUCCGUGCCGGGUUCCGGGGUCGUGGCAGGGGCCGGGGACGAGGCAGAGGCUCCAGAGGUCACUCUGACUACCAUUAUGGCUACAAGGCCUACAACGGGAAGGACGGCGCCUACGGACAGAAGUUUGGUGCUCCAGUGACCUAUUACUACGACAACAUGAGCAGCAAUGACCUGUACACAGUGGACCAGGGGCUGCUCAAGGACUAUGUCAAAAGGCAGAUUGAGUACUACUUCAGCCUUGACAACCUGGAGCGGGAUUUCUUCCUGCGCAGGAAGAUGGACCUGGAAGGCUUCCUGUCACUUGGCCUGAUUGCCAGCUUCCACAGGGUGCAGGCCCUCACCACUGACGUCAACCUCAUUAUAGAGUCUUUGAAGGACAGCAAAGAGGUGGAAAUCAUUGACAUGAAGAUCCGUCGGAAGGUGGAGCCGGAGAAGUGGCCACUUCCUGGCCUGUCCAUGGGACCGGACCACAACCAGGUGGACCUGACCCAGCUCAUCCACUGCCCCGAGUUCGUGCCCCGGCAGAUGCCCACUAAGCAGACAGAGUCUGCUCCAGGGUCUCCCCGGUCCUCCACGCCCACCAGGGGCAUGUCCAGGGCCUCCAUGCAGCCCAAGGUGGAGCAGGACGUGUCCAACCUGAAGAGCAUGCCCAAGGGACUGUCGGCCAGCCUGCCCGACCUGGACUCCGAGUCCUGGAUCGAGGUGAAGAAGAGACCCAAGCCCUCCCCGGCCAGAACCAAGACCCCUUCGUUGCAGCAGAACGAAGACGCUCUCUCCCCGGUGCCCAAGGCCGGCCUCAGCCUGGUCCCCUCCACCGCCUCAGCCAAGGAGGAGCAGGAUGAGCCCGAGGAGCUGGACUUCAUGUUUGACGAGGAGAUGGAGCAGAUGGAUGGCCGCAGGAACACAUUUACCGACUGGUCCGAUGAGGACUCGGACUGCGAGAUCGCCGACAACGACGUCAACAAGAUCCUCAUUGUGACACAGACGCCGCCCUAUCUGCGCAAGCACCCAGGGGGUGACCGCACGGGCCACCACACGUCGCGCUCCAAGCUGACCAAUGAGCUGGUGAAGGUGAUCAACGACGGCCUGUACUACUACGAAGCGGGCCUGUGGGAUGACAACUACGAACCCGAGUACGCCACCAUCAAGCAAGAGGUGGAGAACUUCAAAAAGGUUCACCUGAUCAGCCGAGAGGAGUUUGACUGCCUGACCCCAGAGCCCCCCGUCGACCCCAACCAGGAGGUGCCCCCUGGACCCCCAAAGCCCCAGCAGAUUCCCGUAGACGCCUUGGCGAACAAACUGUUCGGUGCCCCUGAGCCUUCCACAAUAGCACGCUCCCUCCCGACUACUGUACCUGACUCGCCCAACUACCGCAGUGCCCGGACACCCCGCACGCCUCGCACCCCGCACCGGAAGGACCCCGCCAUGACGCCCCGUUUCUACCCUGUUGUGAAGGAGAGCCGGCCCGUCGACGCCAAGACCCCCAGGAAAAGGAAGACCAGGCACAGCUCCAACCCCCCCAUGGAGUGCCACGUUGGCUGGGUGAUGGACUCGCGGGAGCACCGAUCUCGCACCGCCUCCGUCAGCUCCAAUGCCAGCCCCUCAGAGGGUACACCUGCGUUGGGGGGAAUUGGCUGCACCCCCCAGUCGCUCCCCAAUUUCCAGCACCCCUCCCACGAGUUGCUCAAGGAGAACGGCUUCACGCAACACGUUUAUCACAAGUACCGUCGACGCUGCCUAAACGAACGCAAGCGGUUGGGCAUCGGCCAAUCUCAGGAGAUGAACACGCUGUUCCGUUUCUGGUCGUUCUUCCUGAGGGAUCACUUCAACAGGAAGAUGUACGAGGAGUUCAGACAGCUGGUGGUGGAGGACGGCAAGGAGGGAUACAGGUACGGUUUGGAGUGCCUGUUCAGGUACUACAGUUACGGACUGGAAAGGAAAUUCAGGCCAAACAUUUUCAAGGACUUCCAGGAGGAGACCAUGAAAGACUACGAAGCUGGCCAGCUGUAUGGACUUGAGAAGUUUUGGGCAUUUCUUAAAUACUCCAAAAACAAGAACAUGGGGAUCGACCCCAAGCUGCAGGAGUGCUUGAGCAAGUUUAAGCGUCUCGAGGAUUUCAGAAUCGAUCAAGCAUCCUCACCAACUGAGCACCGACACCGGACGUCCAUUGACUUUGAAAAGUUGUUGAAUUUUGCCCCCAAUGGAGGAGGGAGGCCGCAAGAGACACUCAUCCAGCGGAGACGGUCGCCACCGCCACCCCUCCCAGGGCCCCAGCCGCCCCCACAGCCAAAGUGGCUUCAGCCCAGCCCCGUUCGCCCAGGGCCCCACCAGGGAGGAUGCCAAAAUCAGCAGCCAGAGCCAGCGACCCGCAGCCCAGGCCUCGGCAACCGCAUCAGACGCCCAGCCACCAAAGUAACCCCAGACAACCCUCAGCCACUUGGAUCAACUCAACGUCAUUAAAUAUUUUCUGCGCCGCAAGAAUGAGAGAAUGACUUUCUGACGAACGGCUUGUGAUUUGAAUAAAUCGAGGCUCUUCCAUUUUGAUUUAUUUAGUUUGAAACACCCAGGGUUUUGACUUAUUAGAGACGAAACUGAAUGACUAUUGAAGGAGUGGACAAAGUAUUUUAUUUUGCAAACCUUGGCAUAUAUUAUUUCCCGUGGUUACAAUGUGGGGAAUGGACAUGGUUUCUGAGGACUUUUGAUGGCAACUGCGAACCUUGUGAUUCCUUUCUAUUGAUGGACCAACCCCCUUUUCCACUUGACACCAUCUAGUUGGUGGAUUAGAAAAUGAUGCUUUGAAAAAUACAUAUUUAACUUGUUUUGCGCGAGAGAGAAAAUAGAGGGAGAAAAAAAUAGAUGAAAGAACACCAAACCAAAUGAUGAAAAAUGAACAAGAUCAUUGAAAGUUGCCUUAUUUUAAUGUUUUUUCUGCUUUACUUGUGCCCCGCCACCGUAAUGUCGAUUGUACAGCAUUGAUAAUUGCAAAUAUGCAACAUUGGUCACCACCUACAGUAGUGGCCACUCAGUGACUCCCUCCCUGCCAAACCGUUUUCAACGCAACCUGCUACACUGUCUUCCAAGUGUCAUAAAGCCUCCCCCUUUGCCCACCCCUCAGUGUGUUUGCAAUUUGUGGCUCUGGAAUCACCAAUCCGGAUUACUUGAAGAAGAAAAAAAGAGCGGGAAGGUUUAUCAGUAGAUCUGGUGUGCUGCGGUGGUUGCUUUGGGGAGAUGUGCGGUGGGUUAUGUUUGGGGGGUAAUGGCCUGCUUCCCAGGGCUGAACAAGGCAGGGUUUCAGUCUGCAGCUUAGCAUGGCCUAUAACAUUGCAACCCACCACCGCUUCCACACACACACCCUCGUAUGUCUUUCCCCAGAGGCUCUACUCUGUCCAUCUGGAGGAGUACGACCAAUGGACAGACAGUCUCC